CGUUCGGAUUAAUUUUAUUCUAUUUUUCCCCGCAAUAAUAUCAACAAUCUUAAGGUAGUAUUCUCGAUGGAGUUCGGAUUCGGCAUCGCGGGUUCCUCCGGCAAUGGGAUGAGUUCCGAAAUCCCGGUGGAAACCUCUUCGGUUGCCAUGGUUGUGCCGUCCUCACCACUGCCCUUCGGGUCAAGUGUGGGGGCCAUAACCAUGAUGUCUUUCUCGAUGCCGAACUCGAUCUUCGGGUCAGCCCCUCGACCCAUUCCCGGGCUCGAAACCACGGGGGAUUACCCGAUCCGCAAUUCGAACCCGUUUGUCGGACCGACCAUGGCUUCAGCCUCGAUGGUCAACUUUGGACCGAAUGCGGGUUUCCCCGCACCGGUCAAUCCUUUUGUUGGACCUCAUUGGGCAAGCAACGGGCCUUUCCUCCAUGCGCCCAGUGCAGUUGGGGCUAUCUCAGUGCCCGCUAGCUCGCAAGAUCCCCCCAGCCUAAUGAAAGCCAAUGACCCCCUUCUGGCAAUGGUGAACCAAGCGUGGUACCACAACAACUAUCUCGCCAUCAAUAUUAUUCUUGAAGGGCUGGGAGAUAUGUUGUACCUCGUCUAUGCCGGUGCUAAGCUUGCAAAAGAGCUUUGGAAUAGCUUGAACAAGAAGUAUCAAGCUGAAGAUGCCGGCACGAAGAAGUUCAUUGUCGGGAAGAUGCUGGACUACAAGAUGGUCGACAGCAAAUCUAUUGUCGCCCAAGCUGAAGAGCUCGCGGUCAUCUUCAAUAAAUGCAAUGAAGAGAAAGUAGGCGUCCGUGAAGAAUUCCAAGUGGCGGCCAUCAUCCACAAACUUCCCCGGUAGUGGGAAGACUUCCAAGCCAACCUCAAGCUCAAAAGAACGGAGCUAAACCUAGAGCAACUGGUCACACGACUAAGAAUCAGAGAGGAGGGGCUUGCUAGAAGAAGUGGAGGGGCAAAGGCGAAAGUUGUAGAACAUCUGUCGGGCUCUUCACAUGGCGGGAAGGACAAGAAGAAAAUGGGUCCUAAGGG